ACACACACACACACACACACACACACACACACACACACACACACACACACACACACACACACACUCGCACGCGCACAUUUCCCAAAUGGGAUGAUUUCUCCAUCAGAUGAUCCUCGCCUGCGUGGCCGCCGUGGCCGUCGCCGCCCCCCAGUACGCCUACGAGACGCCCGCCCCGACCCAGGAGACUGCCCCCGACCCCCUCCAGAGCGAGAUUAUCCCCAUCGUGAAGGACGAACGCAUUCAGGAGGACGACGGCAGAUACAGCGUCGACGUCGAGACCGGCAACGGAAUCAAGUUGUCCGAAUCCGGCUCUCCCGACGGUCCCGAAGGCGCGGUCAUCAAGGCUGGACAGUACGAAUACACAGCCCCUGAUGGUUCAUCGGUUCAGCUGAAAUAUGUAGCCAACGAGAACGGCUUCCAGCCUGAGUCCGACCUCCUGCCCGUGGCUCCCGAGUUCCCCCACCCAAUUCCUGACUUCGUGCUUAAGCAGAUCGAAAAGGCUGCCGAGGAAGAUGCUCUUACAGAAGCUGCUGAGGUUGGGACCGUCAAUUCCGCCCCGACUCCCUCACAGUUCUACAGCCACCCUUAG